CUAGCAAUACGUUUAGCUCCAACUUUACCUGCACUGUCAACCCCAAACUCAACCUGACCCUAGCUCAAAGCCCAAUCCUGACCCCAUUUCUGACCUCAGCUGCAAAGCCAAGCCCAUCCCUGUUGCUAGCCUUGACCCCGGGCUUCUUCUCAACCCUCAUCUCUUCCCUUAUCUCCAGCCCUGCCCGCGGGUCCUACCUGGUCCCAGCCUCCACCUUUAUCCCAGCUCCUUCCCCAGCCUGGCCGCUGGCCCUGCCUCUACUUCAGCUCCGACAGCCUCAGAGGCCGUGUUGGUCCAAACAUGUCAGUGAAGUAUGAAGACCUCCAGUACUUGGAGAGUGAGAAGAAAAGCCAGGGGGUUACAGAUGGGCUGCCUGCCCUCGAGACCUUCCUGCAGCGGCUCCUCUCCAGCACCCGCUCCUUCCUGCUCUCCCUGGGCCUCAGCCUCCUCCUGCUGGUCGGCAUCUGUGUGAUCGGAUCCCAAAAUUCCAAGUUUCAGAGGGACCUGGCAACCCUGAGAACAACUUUCAGCAACUUCACUUCAAACACUACGGCUGAGGUCCAGGCACUGAAAUCCCAGGGUGGAAGUUUGCAAGAAAUGAUAACAUCUCUGAAAGCUGAGGUGGAAACUCACAGGCAGGAGCUGCAAGCAGGUUAUUCCGAAAUGCUCUUGCGAGUCCAGCAGCUGGUCAAGAACCUGAACUCCCUGACCUGCAAGAUGGCUGCUCUCCAGAGCAAUGGCUCGCAAAACAACUGCUGUCCUACCAAUUGGCUGGAGCAUGAAGGCAAAUGCUACUGGUUCUCUCGUUCGGGAAAGCCCUGGCCCGAGGCUGAGAAGUACUGCCAGCUGGAGGACGCCCACCUGGUGGUCAUCAACUCCAGAGAGGAACAGGAUUUUGUCCAGGCCCAUAUAGGCUCCUCCUACACCUGGAUGGGCCUCAGUGAUCUGGAUGGGGUCUGGAAAUGGGCCGAUGGGACGGACUAUGAGACCAACUUCAAGAACUGGAAGCCAGGCCAGCCGGACGACUGGCAAGGGCACGGGCUGGGUGGGGGUGAGGACUGUGCCCACUUCCACCCCGAUGGCAAGUGGAAUGACGACGCGUGCCAGAGACCCUACCACUGGACCUGCGAGGCUGGGCUGGGCCAGGGCAGCUAGGGGAGCGGACCACCUGGCCAAGGAAAUGGCGGGGCUGGGGGAGGGUGAGCUUCUCCUCGUGGGAGAGGAAUAAGCCCUGGGAGAUUGGAGCGCUGCCAUUGUUUUGAGUUGGGUUUGUUUUUCCCCCUUAACUUUUAAAAGAUUAUCUAGAGUUCCUAAGGUAUUUUUUUAAAAAAUUUCUGCUUUAUUGAGGUAUAAUUGACAUACAAAAUUGUAAGAUAUUUAAAGCGUACAUCGUGAUUUGAUACAUGUAUGCGUUGUGAAAGGACUCCCCCAUGUAGUUAAUGAACGUAUCCAUGACCUCACAUAUUUAUCUAUUUUUUUUUGGUGAGAACACUUAAG